UGCGUUGUGUGUGGUUUCGGAUGUACGCUUGAGCGCGACACACACAUAUGACACGACACCGGCUCGGAGCGAGGCGAAAGAAGACAAUAUGUCAAUGUUUAACGCGUUUAAUGCCAUUAGCUUAUUAUCGUCAUGCUUCCAGUUCCAGUAGUAUAAGGUGAGCGGGGAUGUCUGGCUGCACAGCGCUGAUCGACGGACCGGAGCGGCUGUGCUCGUUUUAACGCGUCUUUUCAGCUCGUGCGUGAACUUUGCGAGAACUUUGCGGCAUCGCUUUUCUUCCAGAGGAGCAAAGUGAAGCAUCAUGGCGACACAAAACGACUGCUCUGUCAAGGUCUCUGUGAGGAUCAGGCCACAGAUGGCAAAGGAAAAGAUCGAGGGAUGUCAUAUCUGCACCUCCGUGACUCCCGGAGAGCCCCAGGUGCUCCUGGGAAAAGACAAGGCCUUCACGUAUGACUUUGUUUUUGACCUGGACGCCCACCAAGACCAGAUCUACAGCGCCUGUGUUCAGAAGCUCAUCGACGGUUGCUUUGAAGGAUACAAUGCAACUGUGUUUGCUUACGGACAGACGGGUUCAGGAAAGACAUACACCAUGGGUACCAGCUUUGAUAUGACCAUGUCUGAGGAGGAGCAGGGCAUCGUUCCUCGGGCAGUGCGACAGCUCUUUCAGGGGAUACACAAACGCAGACUGGAGGCAAAGAGAGCUGACAAUCCCGAACCAGAAUUCAAAGUCAGCGCCCAGUUCCUGGAGCUCUAUAAUGAGGAGAUCCUUGACCUGUUUGAUAGCACACGCGACCCGGAGACUCGAGGCAGGAAGUCCAACAUUAAGAUCCACGAGGAUGGCAGCGGAAGCAUCUACACUACAGGAGUGACCUCACGGCUGGUCAACUCUGAGGAUGAGCUUCUGCAGUGUCUGAAGUUGGGCGCUCUGUCCCGUACCACAGCCAGCACACAGAUGAACGCCCAGAGCUCUCGUUCUCAUGCCAUCUUCACCAUCUACCUCUGCCAGAUGAGAGUGUGCUCACAACCACACCUGGAGGACGGCGAGAUGAACGGAGAAUCCGACAGUUCCAUCUCUCAGCCCGAGUAUGAGACGCUCACUGCUAAGUUUCACUUCGUGGACCUGGCGGGUUCAGAGCGCCUCAAACGCACAGGAGCCACUGGAGAGAGAGCGAGAGAAGGCAUCUCCAUCAACUGUGGCCUGCUGGCCCUGGGUAAUGUGAUCAGUGCAUUGGGAGAUCAGAGCAAGAAGGCUGGCCAUGUGCCGUACAGGGACUCCAAACUCACACGCCUGCUUCAAGACUCGCUGGGAGGAAACAGUCAGACUGUGAUGAUUGCCUGCGUGAGCCCCUCUGACCGAGACUUCAUGGAGACCCUCAGCACUCUGAAGUACGCUAACCGCGCUCGCAACAUCAAGAACAAAGUGAUCGUGAAUCAGGACAAAACCAGUCAGCAGAUCAGCGCCUUGCGAGCCGAGAUCGCACGUCUGCAGAUGGAGCUCAUGGAGUAUAAAGCGGGAAAGCGAGUGGCCUGUGAAGAAGGAUCCGAGGGAUUUAGCGAUUUGUUUCAUGAGAACUCGAUGCUUCAGAAGGAGAACGAUACGCUGCGGAUGAGAGUCAAAGCCAUGCAAGAGACAAUCGACCACCUCAACACACGGGCUACUCAGCUCCUUACAAACGGAGUUAACCUGCUGCUCACAAAGACAGGUGAAACAAAUGAAGAGAUUGGCAAUCUAAUCCAGAACUACAUUCGAGAGAUUGAAGAGCUGAGGUCUAAACUGCUGGAGAGUGAGGCCAUGAACGAGUCUCUGAGGCGGAGUUUGUCUCGUCUCUCUUCCCGCUCUUCAUACCCCCCUCCUCACCCCGGUGCUCAAGGACUAUCUCUUUGCUCCUCCCCCUCCGUUUCCGUGGAUGCGGAGAUGACAGAUGUCAUUCGUCAAGCCAAAUUAGACGUGGAGAGGCUGAAGAAGAAGGAGAGAAACCAGAGGAGAAAGAGUCCUGAUAAAGAAAAGGGUUUAAAGAAGAGAGCCAAACUUCUUCCUCAGGAAAAUGGUGAAAAGAGCCAUAACGAAUUGAGCAGAGAAACUUCGGAGAGACGAGAAAAUGGAGAUGGGGAUUCUGACAAUGAACCCGAGGAGCAGAUCUCCUCUUCGUCGCUUUCCUUUGUCCAGGAUGGCAUGUAUACCCUUCAGGAGGACGACCAGGUGGAGAGCGGCUGUGAUGAAGACGAAGAGGAGGAAGAGGAGAACCGCGACGAUGAAGAGUUCGACAGCGACGAGAGCCAGGUGGACUCGGACUCUGAUUCAGAAGAGAAAGUGAACCUCCAGGCGGAUCUGGCGGAUCUGACGUGCGAGAUCGAGAUCAAGCAGAAACUCAUAGACGAGCUUGAGAACAGCCAGCGACGGCUGCUCACGCUGAAGAACCGGUACGAAGAAAAACUCAUUCUGCUUCAGAACAAGAUCAGAGACACGCAGCUGGAGAGAGACCGUGUGCUGCAAAACCUCAUGUCCAUGGAGAACUACACUGAAGAGAAGGCCAGUAAGAUCAAGUCAGACUACGAGAAGCGUCUGAAGGAGAUGAACAGAGACCUGAUGAAGCUGCAGGCCGCUCAGAAAGAACACGCUCGUCUUCUGAAGAACCAGGGACGCUAUGAGAGAGAGCUGAAGAAACUGCAGUCUGAAGUGAUGGAGAUGAAGAAAGCCAAGGUGGCGCUGAUGAAGCAGAUGAAAGAAGAACAGCAGAGGAGGAGGGUGAUCGAUGCUAAGAGGAACAGAGAAAUCGCACAGCUAAAGAAAGAACAGCGACGACAAGAGUAUCAGAUUCGUUCUUUGGAGUCUCAGAAGCGUCAACAGGAGAUGGUGUUGAAAAGAAAAACGCAGGAAGUGACAGCGCUGAGGCGGUUGGCCAAGCCCAUGUCAGAGCGUGUGGCGGGACGGCUGACUCGCAGACUCACCAGCGUGGACUCUGGAGUAGAGCUGUUUGCAAGCACGACCACGACUUCCACUGAACCCGAAUCUACACGCUCCGUGUCCAGCAUCAUACGACAGUGGAACACCAAACUCAAUGGAUACCUGGGAGAGAAUGACAACCAUGGGAGUGCGGGAAAGAUGGCAAGCAGCAGGAAGAAAUUCCAAAGGAAAAGUACAAGCCCUGGUUUCUCAAAAUCAGCCCGACAGAAGUGGGUAGCUCUGGAGAGAAGAAUCAUGGACAUUGUGAUGCAACGAAUGACCAUCACCAAUGUGGAAGCUGAUAUGGAUCGAUUGAUCAAGAAACGUGAAGAGCUGUCCAUGCAGCAGGAGGCGCUGUUGCGUAAGAGAGAGAAGUUACUGAACGAGAGCUUCAGAGAGGAAGAGGAGGAGAGACUCCUUCAGGAGAUGAAUGAGGAGAUUGAGGUUCUCAAUGCCAACAUUGACUACAUCAGUGACAGUCUGUCAGACUGCCAGGCCACCAUCGUACAGAUCGAGGAGACCAAGGAUGAGCUGGAUUCUGUGGACACGUCUGUGGUCAUCAGCUCGUGCUCACUGGCUGAAGCUCGGUCUCUACUGGAUUACUUCCUCAAAGCCUCCAUUGACAAGGGCUUGCAGGUUGCUCAGAAAGAGUCUCAAAUUCGACUCUUGGAGGGUCAGUUACGGCAGACGGAUGUGAUUGGCUCCUCCCAAAAUCACAUGAUCCUGGAUGCUCUGAGAGAAAAGGCAGAAUGUAUCCCUGAAUUACAUGCCCUGAUUCACAAUGUCCAACAGGAGAAUGGCUAUGCAAGCACAGAUGAAGAGGCGUCCGAGUUAAGUCAGGCCUCAGAGAGCUGUUUCCCUCAAAUGAAAUUGUCUGCCAGUCAAGAUGACUUUAAAAGAAAGGUUGAGCCUCGACUCUCUGUACAAAUGAAGGCGGUGUCUGCUGAGUACCUCGGACCCCUUCUAGACCCCACCAGCAAGAACAUCACCAAGUCACUGGCCUCCCUCUCAGAAAUCUCAGAGAACGGCCUGCUCCUUAAAGAGCUGUAUUCUAGAGAGCUGGUGACACGAACCAUCUGCCUCCCGGUUAGAGGACACACCUUCCCACGGCAGUCCAGAGGGUCAGACACGUCUCCGUUAACAAGGAGGCAGUCGUACGACCGAGGACAGCCAUACAGAAGUCCUGAUGUCGGAUACACCCCUCCCUCAUCACCUCCUCUCCGAACACGGAACGACCGCAAUGUGUUUUCCCGCCUGACCAGCAACCAGAGUCAGGGCUCGGCGCUCGACAAGUCGGAUGACAGCGACUCCUCUCUCUCGGAGGUGCUCAGGGGUGUGAUCAAUCCCACAGGUGGGCUGAAGGGCAGGACGGCCCCUCUACAGUGCGUAGCGAUGGCUGAGGGCCACACCAAACCUGUGCUCUGUCUGGAUGCUACGGAUGAACUGCUUUUCACUGGCUCCAAAGACCGUACCUGUAAGAUGUGGAACCUUGUGACAGGGCAGGAAAUCGUGACUCUGAAGGGACACCCAAACAAUGUAGUGUCUGUGAAAUACUGUCGCAACUCCUGCCUGGUCUUCACCGUUUCCACCUCGUAUAUCAAAGUGUGGGACAUUCGGGACUCCGCUAAGUGUGUCCGGACAUUCACGUCUUCGGGUCAGGUGGUCUCGGGGGACGCCUGUGCUGGUACAACCACCCGCACCAUUACUACAGCCCAGGGCGAGUAUCAGAUCAACCAGAUCGCCCUUAAUCCCUCCGGAUCCGUGCUGUACGCUGCUGCCGGCAACACUGUCCGGACUUGGGACCUCAACAGAAUGCAGGCCACAGGGAAGCUGACGGGACAUAUCGGGUCAGUCAUGUGUCUUACGGUGGGCUAUUCUGGUGGGGGCAAAGACCAGGUGAUCACCGGAUCUAAAGACCAUUAUGUGAAGAUAUUUGAUGUGGCAGAGGGCGCCCAGGGCAACGUUGGACCGGCUCAUAACUUUGAGCCCCCUCAUUAUGAUGGGAUUGAGUGCCUUGCCGUACACGGCGACAUCUUGUUCAGCGGUUCCCGUGACAAUGGCAUUAAGAAAUGGGAUCUGGGUCAGCAGGAACUGAUUCAGCAAAUCCCCAACGCCCACAAGGAUUGGGUGUGCGCUUUGGCGUUCGUGCCCGGGCGACCCAUGCUCCUCAGCGCCUGCAGGGCGGGCAUGCUCAAGGUGUGGAACGUGGAUAACUUCACCCCCAUCGGAGAGAUCAAAGGCCACGACAGUCCCAUUAAUGCAAUCUGCACCAACUCCAAACAGAUCUUCACUGCCUCCAGUGACAUGACGGUUAAGAUCUGGCAUCCGAAGAUGGGAAGGAGAAGGUGACGAACCUCUGUGUGAAGUAAUCGUUAUUGGUGCCUGUUGCUAAUUGGACAUCGAUGAGCUCAUCAGAUCCGAGUCUGACCUCCUGCGGUCAGCGGUCUCGUCCAUGAAGGAAGAGGUUUAUGAUUUAUGUAGACCUGUGAUAUGGAGAUGAGACGCACCUGUAAAGUAUACCUGACGUAUGAGGAGUGAUAACCGGUUUGAGGAGCUUCUUUUUUUUUUAGGUGCUACUUCGGUCACAACACAUGUGAGCACUGUAGUGCACGCACACUUUCUUGUCUAGUGAACAAUGUCCUUGUGACGACUUUAUCAAUAUAUUUAUUGUGACAAAGACACUGAAGCAUCCAAGAUGAAGGACGACCACUUUAAAACAAUGUGGCACAAAAACGUUUUUGUUGAUGUUCAGAGUCAGAUGAUCUUUAGAUUUUUAGGCCAGUAACUCAACCAUUUCGAGACUGUAUCCAGAACAUUCCAUAAUGACUCUUGAAGGUUUGUGUCUUCAGCAUUCCCGAUCCUUUUUCGAAAACAUGUUGUGCAAUACUGUGAACUUCCACUCAUUUCAGCACCUACACGAGGUUUCAAUCCAAGUUUUCUUCAACUUUCCUCAGCGACAAAAACUGCUAACCACCUUGUACAGCCCUCCUCCGACAAGCUUGGUUUGCUUUUAAGCUCGUCCUCUUCUGUGUUUCCCAUUACUGUGAAUAUUAAGUUCUUUAGCUCAGGUUAAAUUAAGGGUGUAUAAAUUUCACCGAUUCUGGGAUUUUGCUCAUGACAGGAUCCCAGCUUUAUUAUCCUUUAGAAGUGUGAAUCAAGCUCUCAGAAGUGUUAGCAGUAUUAAGAAUCUGCUGAGUGGCUAUUUGGAGUGCGUGUGUGAUAAGCCCAUCUCAUCUGGGGACUGUUGAAUUUUGAGACACUGGCAAGAUGUUCUCCUGAAGCCUGCAGAAUUAGAUGCUGCCUCAUGUUUAAGCCCACGAUGACUUUGUAACUUAAGACCAUUCAUAGUAUGUUUUGUUAAGAAUCUAACACUGGAUUGUUAGAUGAGAAUUUUAGUUUUAUAGCACGACCCAGUGUUUUGAAUAUACAGGAAGGUUUGAAGAACUUGCACAAAAGCUUUUGAUUCUGGAGCAGUUUUGAUAUUCUAUGGCGCUCAUGUCUGGCCCAUGGUUUUUCUUCACCAAAAAAUGAAAAUAUGUCAUUUAGUUUCCCUUGAUGCCAAACCCAGUUGAAAACAAAAUUUAAAUAGUUUCCCACACUUGCUUUUUCACACAUUGAGGUUAAUGGGGUCUGCCAUAUAGAAGCGGGUCUUUGUAUAGAAAAGAGGAUCAAGUAAAAUAUGUAUAAUAUAAAGUAUUAUUACUUUUGUGUAUUAUUAGAACAAAGUGAAUGAAAUCAUGAAUAAAAAGUCUAUUUUCUUCUACCCCCCUAAAUGAAAAUUCUGUCAUCGUGUACUCACCCUCAAGUUGUUUAGAACCUGAAUAAAUUUCUUUGUUCUGAUGAACACAAAAGACGAUAUUUUGAAGAACCUGGAAAACGAACAGUUCUGGGGCACCAUUGACUACCAUAGCAGUUGACACAGGAAGUCAAUGGUGCCCCAGAACUGUUUGCUUCCAAACAAUAAUUCAAAUAUCGUUCCAUGUGUUUAGCAGAACGACGAAAUUAAAACGGGUUCGGAACGACUUGAGGGUGAGUAAACGAUGACAGAAUUUUCAUUUUUGAGUGAACUGUCCCUUUAUAUCCCUUCGUAUAACCAAAAGCUUUCACUUCACUACAAACAUCUGCUGACAACCCAGGCAGCAGUCGUAAAGUAGGUCAAAUUAGGGACUGUUUUCUUCCGAGACUCCUUUAAAUGAAACGGGAAGCCGCCUCCUCUGCGUUGAAGAAUAUGGCAUGCCUGAUGGGGGUACGUGGGCGUUGGCAGGCUUGUCUUGGAAGAACACACGCAACUUUGUUUAUUUUUAAGGCAUCGAUCUUGCCGCGCCGAGCACCCUUCCCGAGCUUUCCGUGAUUUACAGUCUGUUUUAAUGAAGCGUAUUUAUCACUCUUAUCUGACAUCCUUUUCUGGUGGCCUCUGGCAAUCUCCUAGUGUUGAAGCUUUGCGCACCAGCAGCUGUAAAAGAGAAGCUCUCAUUUCCCACUGACAGCGAUGCGGUUUAUCUGAUGAACGACCCACGGUACACAUCUUCACGUUUAGUUAGAAGCGUACUGGGAUUCCAGAGUUACUUUAUCAAAAUGUGCAAAAUAUCUUUUUUGAUGUUCAGCGAGAACAUUCAUAUUUUCAACAUUUUCAUGAGGUUUUUGGUCAAAUGCAUUGAGAUGACACAAAGCUGCUUUCAGUUGUUUAAAACUACACAGCGUUUUUGUAUGAGGAGGAUAUGAGGAAAUUGUAAUUUGGUUUGGUUGGUAUCUGUUAGUAUCCCAAUCCCGGAGGCUCACAGCAGAACUCGAGAACAUUUCGAGAGGCUGGUUUGUGGCUGAACCAGCUCAUGGUUCUCCAGGAGCAGCAGUUACCAUUUUAAUACGCAAUUGCUGGAGCUAUUUGCAUACUGUAAAGCUCAUAUACAUACAUACAUAUUUAUGAGAAAGAAUGCUGUAAGGGGCUUUCUCUCUCUUUAGGUUAAUACUUAAGGUUAAUAGAUUCCUGUGGAUUGCAGCAUACGCAUUUGUCUCCUUUUUUAAUCUGGCGGUAUGUCCUGCACCCUUAUUAAAACAGUAUUUUAUCCUCAUUACGCUGUAUGUGGGUUUACAGGAGGAGCAUUGCCGUAUAGACGCUUUACGACUAUAUGACCCAAUUUUGUAGUUUUCUUUUGGUCUGUCAACUACGUAUGAAUAAUGCGCUCAUAUAAACAAAUGCAAUUUGGACGCUUCCUUCAAAGUUCCAGGCUUUAAAGGCCAAAUUUAUUAAAUAAUUAUCAGACUUCAUAAUAAUUUCUACUUCAAAGAACCUUUGUUUUUGUGAACUUUUCGCGCAUCGCUUUGUAACGCUCCAGUGUUUUGGGCUUUCAAAAGAGAUCAGAUGGAACAUACGCCGUCGAAAACUUGUUGCCAAAUUUUGGUUUAAAGAAUCACACGCACAUGUCUAUACAAACAACAUUCUCACUGGAGUAAAGGGAUAGUUCACCCAAAAUGAAAAUUCUCAUGAAUUACUCGUCAAGUUGUUCCAAACCUGUAUGCAUUUCUUUGUUCGGUUGAACACUAAGAAAGAUAUUUAAAAGAAUGGUAGCAACUGAGAUUUCUGGGCCACCAUUGACUACCAUAGUAGGAAAAAUCGCUUUAUUAAUGUCUUUGACAUAUCUUGAAGAAUAUAGGUAUAUGGGCACUUUUCACUAAGAACUGUAACCAAGAAGUGUUGUUUGGGUACAAUCAUUCCUCCAAAUAUCUUCUCUAUGUUCAUCAGAACAAAGAAAGUUAGACAUGUUUGUAACAACUGGAGGGUGAGUUAAUGAUGACAGAAUUUUCAUUUUUGGGUGAACUGUCCCUUUAAUAAUCAUGCAAUACUGUUAUCAUUAUUCAACACGCAAAGGAAAUUUUUCAUAUGUUCUAAUACCCUUCAAUAAGUGCCCCUCAUUAGUGAGAUUACAAGACUGUUUGUCUUUAGCUCAUUUCAUUUUAGAAAUGGAAAAUAUAAUUUUUUACGCAAUUUUGGUUUAUUUAUAGUGUUGUUGGGAAAGUAGAUUGCUCUGUAUAGUUGAAAGCUGUGAAAUGUUCUUGCAAGGGCAGUUUGACAACGUCAUCCGCACUGAUAAUUUCAGCCGUUCAGCUCUCUUGCUCUCUCUGAUGUAUCUGAAAGCUCAUUGGUUCACAGAGCGGCUUCUGAGAUGGACAGUUACAACCUUAAACACUUAACGCUUUUAAAGCCAUGCCAGUCAAUGGCCUGCAGUUCCUGGUGCUCGGCAGUCUUAACUUUAAAUGUAUCUAAAGCUUUUGGGGUUUAUCUUCCUGAUGCCGUUCAGCUUCAUCGCUGUAGUUUACUGGUACAUUUAGACAGAGCUUACAUUCGUUGUGGCUUAAGGUAUCAUUUAUAUUCCAUAUGCUAGGUCAGUGCUGCAUGCCAUUGACAUACUGUCUAAGCUUGUCAUCUGUAUAUAGUCACAAUGAAAGCUUUUCUGUACGGGGGGUAUAGUUGACACCUGUUACCACUGAUUCCCAGACCCCUGUUGUACGGUGUAAUGUGGCAUAGUACAAAAAUAAUUGUACCACAAACACGGUACUUCCAAAAAAAAAAUGUUUUUGUAAGUGUAGCGCUAACCUGGACGAUUGGAGCCCUAGCCUGAGGCUUUGCCCCGUCAAAGCUGAAGGUAAGCAGGUUUUCAUUGCCAAUUUAUGUUUCCCAGCUGCCUUAUGCCCUCUCUCACAACCUGAACCGCAGGACCACACUGCAAUACGCCUAAAGCCUUACCUCUCAUAGAGAUGUACACUCCAUUCAGCGCGUGCAACAUCAUGCCCCUGAGAAACGCUGCUUUUCAAAUGCAUAAAAUCUAUUUUAAAGGGGUGCUUUCUAGUAACCUGGCAACCCAGGUAUGCAAUUAAUGAACAGAUUAGAAAAGACAUUCAAGUAAUGGAGAAAAAAGGCUGAAGUUGAAGGCUUUGACAAAACAAUCUGUCAACGGGGCCAGCAGCGUUUCAGAGCCGUUCGGCUGCUCGAGUCCGUGUAAAACUGCUGACCUGAGCUUAACAGAUGUUUUAUCGAUCUCCAGGAGCAGGUUUAAGGCGGGUGACCAGAGAUCGUAAAACGCAGUGGGUGUACCAACUGGUUACAGGUGCCUUUUAUUGCCUAGACUCCUCCCAAGCGUUGUAAAUGUUUGUACAGAUUUAUUUCUGCAUGUGACCAAACCAGGUGUAAAAUAUCUGACUGUAAAUAUUGUACAGGUUUUAUUUAAGAAUGUUCCAACAUUUCUCCAGAGAAAUAAACACAUUUCAAAAAGAAAA